AUGUACUAUACCGUCCUAAUCAUUACAUCCUUUUUUAUCAAAGUAUUUGCAAUCAGGGAAUGUUCCAAGGAAUCACCGGCUGCUGUCCCAAAAUAUCAUUUGAUCGAGAAAUGUCAUCGGUCCAAGCUUGGUAUUGCGGCCAAGGCAAACUUCACUUCACUCACGAGUUGUAAACGACUCGGCAUUGAGAAGAGAGCCCUAGCUAUUAACUUUAGCCCUCAAGAAUACUUUGAAAGUGGUGAACUUUUGGAAUAUUCCUGUGAAGUACUGAAAUGUGCUGAGGCGGCUGGCGGUUUAUCAUUGAGCAAUGACACAAGAUAUGACUAUUAUAGCAUUUAUGCGAAACCAUUACCCAAUGCGAUGUCAACCUGUGUGCCAGCAACAGGAAUGUUCCAGCUUUUGCCAAAAAAGUUUAACUACACCCAAGCGCAGGCGCAGUGUCAGAAUAUAAGUGCGGUGCUCGCUGACGUGACCAGCGAACAGAGAACUGAGGUGCUUGCACAAGUGCUUGCUACUGCAAGUGUCGAUUCUGCUUAUGUUGGAAUGGAAAGGGACACGGAUGGUAGAUUUUACAAAAUUAAUGGUGAUGCUUUAGAAUGUAUUACAUAUCGCGCCUGGGCCCCUGGUCAUCCUAAGAGAAAAUCAAACAUUACUUGUGUUCUGCUGACGCGGAAUCGCAUGUGGAAAACUACAGCGUGCCAAGACAAACACCCGGCUCUUUGUGAAUUAAUACCCGAUGGACCGUACAAAAGAGGAUCAAUAUUUGCUUCAAGAAUACAAAAUAGUAUGUCACAAAUAUUUUAU